UCCAUACAAAAGAAAUCCGUCCCUGUAAUUGUCCAAGUCCUAUACAAUAAGGGGUGAGAGAGAGAGAGAGAUGGGUAUAGAGUGUAGACAAGCAUUUUGAGGGUUGGCCUCCCCUUUUCACCCUCUGUGAUUGAUACGUACCUCAAUUCGCUCCGACCCUCUCUCUCUCUCUCUCUCUCUCUCUCUCUACCAUUAGAGCUCCAGUGAAUGCAAUCCUUAUAGAAGAGGAUAUAUACAUAAGGGUAUACCCAGAAGCUAACGAGGCCAUAGCAAUCAGGUUUGAGAGCAUCGAUUGACUUCAUUUUAUUGUAACGCAUUUUGGAUUGGUGAGUUUCUCAUCGGGGGCUUUGGAUUUCUGUAUAUUGUUGAAGUCUUAAUUUCUUGUGCUAUGUAUAUAGACUGAUUUCUGGACCAGCAAUUUCGUGAGUGAGUUGAGAACUAGGGUUUUGUUUGUUAUAUAUAGGGUAAAGGACAUUCGUCUAGGUCUGUUGUUCUCCUUCACUGGCUCAUUGAUUUGGAUUUUUGAGGUUGAGGGAAAGGGUUUCUGUGUCUGCGUCCAUUCCAUCCUUACAUUUGACUUCGAGUGAUUGAAGGUGAAUGGUAUUGGUUUAGUAGUGGUUAUGGGCAUCAAAGUUUGGAGCAUUGGCAUCAUUUGAUGGUUUAAAGAUUUGGGUAUUUGAAUUGACAAGGUGUUUGCUUCGGGGUUUCUCUCCGAUUCUGAAUCCUGGUACUUGAGGUUAUAGGGUAUUGGCCUCUGCGUGCAGUAACUGGUUUAGGAGUGCUUUUAAUCUGUGAGGGUGUGUAAGUGUAGGUGAUUGAGAUAUGAGUCGGAGGGUUCGCAGGAAGGUGGCAAGGAAGGGGAAGGAUAAGGUGGUUUUGCCUAGUUACCCUGAACUUGAGGAUGAGGGUUCAAGUUUGGAUCAAAAAGUCGUAGUGGAUUGGACUAGAUUACCGGACGACACAGUGAUUCAGCUAUUUACAUGUCUGAAUUAUCGCGACCGGGCAAGCUUAUCAUCAACCUGCCGUACGUGGAGGGUUUUAGGUAUUUCUCCUUGUUUGUGGCAAUCCUUGGAUCUUCGUCCUCACAAAUGUGACGCCACCACAACCGCUUCACUUGCCUCUAGGUGUGUGAAUCUUCAAAAGCUCAGAUUUCGUGGAGCCGAAUCUGCUGAUGCAAUAAUUAGUCUUAAGGCUAGGGGCUUGCGGGAAAUUAGCGGCGAUUACUGCAGGAAAAUAUCGGAUGCUACCCUCUCAGUGAUAGCGGCUAGACAUGAGGCACUUGAGAGCCUCCAACUUGGGCCAGAUUUCUGUGAAAGGAUUACCAGCGAUGCCAUCAAAGCAAUAGCUAUUUGUUGUCCUAAACUUAGAAAGCUAAGGCUUUCUGGUAUACGCGACGUUGAUGGGGAAGCUAUUAAUGCUUUGGCUAAGCAUUGUCGGAAUUUGACAGACAUUGGGUUCAUAGACUGUCUUAAUGUUGAUGAGAUAGCAUUAGGAAACGUUCUAUCAGUUCAAUUCCUCUCAGUUGCUGGAACGACUAAUAUGAAGUGGGUUUUGGUAUCACAGCAUUGGGGUAAAUUACCAAACUUGACAGGGCUAGACGUUUCAAGAACUGAUGUGGUUCCCACUGUUUUGAGAUUGCUAUCAUCCUCACGUAGCUUGAAGGUCUUGUGUGCAUUGAACUGCCCAGCACUUGAGGAAGAUUCCAGUUUUUCCAACAAUAAAGGGAAAUCAUUACUUGCCCUGUUUACCGACAUUUUCAAGGGGUUAGCUUCUCUAUUUGUCGAUAUUUCAAAGCAAGAGAGGAAUAUAUUCUCCGAUUGGAGGAAUUUGAAAAAAAAGGAUAAGAACUUGGAUGAGAUCAUGAAUUGGCUUGAAUGGAUCUUAUCUCAUUCACUUCUACGGAUUGCUGAGAGCAAUCCACAGGGUUUGGAUAAUUUUUGGCUUAGCCAAGGUGCAGCGCUGUUGCUAAGUUUGAUGCAGAGCUCACAAGAGGAUGUCCAGGAAAGGGCAGCCACAGGACUCGCAACCUUUGUUGUCAUUGAUGAUGAAAAUGCUAGCAUUGAUGGUGGAAGGGCUGAAGCAGUUAUGAAGGAUGGUGGGAUAUGCCUUCUUCUAAACCUUGCAAGAUCAUGGCGGGAGGGGCUUCAGUCAGAAGCAGCAAAGGCUAUAGCGAACUUGUCUGUGAACGCGAAUGUUGCGAAAGCUGUUGCAGAAGAAGGAGGGAUCAAUAUUCUUGCGAAUUUGGCUCGUUCAAUGAAUAGGUUGGUCGCUGAAGAGGCUGCUGGAGGACUAUGGAAUCUCUCUGUUGGGGAAGAGCAUAAGGGUGCCAUUGCUGAAGCGGGCGGUGUAAAAGCUUUAGUUGAUCUAAUAUUCAAAUGGUCUACUGGUGGUGAUGGAGUGUUGGAACGUGCAGCUGGUGCAUUGGCAAAUUUGGCAGCUGAUGACAAAUGUAGCAUGGAGGUUGCAGUGGUAGGUGGUGUACAUGCUCUGGUGAUGCUAGCUCGGAACUGCAAGUUUGAGGGAGUGCAAGAGCAGGCUGCUCGUGCUUUAGCUAAUUUGGCUGCCCAUGGGGAUAGCAAUAGUAAUAAUGCUGCUGUUGGACGAGAAACAGGUGCCCUUGAAGCACUUGUGCAACUUACAAGGUCUCCCCAUGAAGGUGUCAGGCAAGAAGCUGCUGGUGCAUUAUGGAAUUUGUCAUUUGAUGAUAGAAAUCGAGAGGCAAUUGCAGCAGCUGGUGGAGUUGAAGCCUUGGUUGCUCUUGCACAUUCCUGUUCAAAUGCCUCUCCAGGUCUUCAGGAGAGGGCUGCUGGUGCUUUGUGGGGAUUGUCGGUAUCAGAAGCAAAUAGCAUUGCUAUUGGACGAGAAGGAGGGGUUGCACCUCUGAUUGCACUCUCACGAUCUGAAUGUGAAGAUGUCCAUGAAACAGCAGCUGGAGCUCUUUGGAAUCUGGCUUUCAACCCUGGUAAUGCUUUUCGUAUAGUGGAGGAAGGGGGAGUUCCAGCCCUUGUUCAUCUUUGUUCUUUGUCAGCGUCUAAAAUGGCACGCUUCAUGGCUGCAUUGGCAUUGGCUUACAUGUUUGAUGGAAGAAUGGAUGAAUUCGCACUGAUAGGUACUUCAUCAGAAAGCACAUCCAAAAGUGUAAGCUUAGAUGGGGCUAGGAGGAUGGCCUUGAAGCGCAUUGAAGCUUUUGUCCUUACAUUUUCUGAUCCACAAACAUUUGCUGCUGCUGCUGCGUCAUCAGCCCCCGCUUCAUUGUCCCAAGUAACAGAAUCGGCUCGUAUUCCUGAGGCAGGUCAUCUGAGAUGCAGUGGAGCUGAGAUUGGAAGAUUUGUUACCAUGCUACGAAACCCAUCUUCCAUACUCAAGGCAUGUGCUGCAUUUGCCCUUCUCCAGUUCACUAUCCCGGGUGGGCGGCAUGCAGUGCACCAUGUGACCCUUAUGCAGAAUGCUGGAGCACCGAGGGUUCUUCGUGCUGCAGCUGCAGCAGCAAAUGCCCCACUUGAAGCCAAAAUCUUUGCAAAAAUUGUACUUCGCAAUCUAGAGCACCACCAGACAGAGCUUAAUUCUAAAGAAUAGUUGAGCAAUUGCAAAUAACUCUCUCAACCAGACUUUGUCAAAAUGGAGACGUUUGAGCUGCAGUUAGAUUCCAUUGGUUGGACAGUGCUUUGAAGCCCUGUAGGAAUGUGUCAUUGUGUAACCGCAUUCCGAAGAACCAAACAAUGCCUAUGGGUAGUUCUGCCCAAUUCUUGUAACCCUGCAUAGGUUUGUGUGUGAUUUUUCCUUAUCUAUUUUCAUAAUCUGUUUGAUCAUAAAAAUGACAAAAGCGAUGUUGGUGAGUGAGUCAAAAGACUAGCAUCUCGCCAGUUUUGUGUUUUUGUAUUUAUUUUGACAGUACCUUCUGUAUAAUAGUAUAUGUAGAGAUGUUUUCGAGACUUUACAAGGCUUUUGACUCAGUUUGGCAA